GGGUGGACAUUGAUCCUAUGACGCAUGCCCGAAAGAAGCAGAUCUUACUUCUGAAACGCUCAGCUGGUUCGGCUGGCCAAGCUUUGUCACCAGUUGACGGUGAGAGAAUGGAUAGGACUGAGGUGGAGGAUAGUGAGCAAGGAAAUGGCACUGAGGGGCAGAACUGCCAGAGUAGAUUUGCAGGCGUGAAUAAAAGCAAGAAUUCACAGGAACUCAGAAAGACAUACCCAUUGAGGAAACGUCUCAGCUCAUCUGUGGAUAAAAAAACAUGCACUGUGCUCCUCACUAGACUGGAGGAUGUUGCUGGGUCACUGUCACAGGAGACACAAAAUGGGAUGAAAAGAGGUUUCACCUGUUGUGUGGAUGAAUUCAAAUCUGCCUGCUUUCCAGAAACUGUUCAGGUGGUGGGUGCAGGGAAGCCAGAUUCCUCUGGAGGAAAAUAUUCAGUAUCCUGUCUAGGUGCUGAGCAAGAGGGAUACCAUACCUCUCAUUCAGAACCCAGGAAACGAAGGCUCGCCUCCCUAAAUGCAGAGGCAGUCAACAACCUGCUUUUUGAACGGGAUGAUGGCUUGCUGUCUGGUAGGCGUUUUCGUAAAGAUUCUCUCAAAGUCAGUGGAGGUUGCACUAAUAGCACAUGUUGCAAAUCUCAGGGCACUUUGCCCUUGAUGGAAAAGUCGAGUUCUAAAAUGGUGAAGGGAAAGCACCAAACUAAAUCAGGUCAGAAGUCUGCUGCUUUUGAUCAGUCAUUGGACGAUGUCUUCGAAGGAAAAAGGCGGGAAGACAGUGGGAUUUCCUAUCACCCCGCUCCAAAGAGAUUGGCCAGUCUCAACGCCGCAGCGUUUAUGAAACUGACCCACGAGAAAGACCAACCGCUAAAGCCAAGGAGUAAAUCGACUGGAGACAGCAAGCCUGAGAGCCACCGUUCCAGAUCAAAGCUCAAGUGGGCCAAAGCCAAUGGGAAAAACUGUGUUAAGUCCAAAAAGGAGGUGGCCACUAUAAAUACUGAGGGUCAGCAUAGCUGGCAAGGUGUCACUGAAGGGGCAUUUAGAAAAGUCAUCCAUCAGGAUUCUCCAAGGAUAUAUGGGAGAACGGAAUCUAUCAAUUACGAACCCUUACCUAAUUCUUGUGAAGGCAUGGAAGGCUUUUGUCACCGGCUGCCUUUGUUGAUGGGUGGGCAAGCUUCUAUGAAGCCUGAAUAUGGAAGGCCUGGAGAGAAAUCUCCCACCCCCAAGCAGGAAUUUCAUCAACCUUCCUUCCCAGUACCUCAGUUCCCUCCUUUGCCUGUACCGGGAAACCAUCCAGAUUGUGGCUGUCUCUAUGAAUCGUCGGACUUGACCCCAUUGAACGGAUUUUAUGUUUAUUAUGGCCAAAGCGGAUACAAUAGUUACACUCAUUGCUCUGUUUACCCGAAGGAUGAACUGUCACAAGUGACAGGUUGCGAGGGGCUUUUGGUGUCUCCAGACUCCUUAACCUCGGACCCGUCAUUUCAGCCAUUUCAUUGGUGCAGCUCUCCGUACUGUUGUGGGGAAGGUCCAGCAAUUAACAGCUACAGCCUCUGUGGAGUUAUGCGUGUACCAGAAAGCAGGAUUGGGAAUGUGCAUACAGGGCGGAACAGCUACCCUUAUAAGAUGCCUUUUGCAGCAGCAUUGCACGGAAGAGGUGGCGGCAGUUCAGGAGCCCUGAAGAGAGAUAGCUGCAAAUCCCUGGACCAGUUGAGCCUCACAAUCCCAGUGGCAGGGCACCCUGUUUCACCUGCUCACCCACUCUCAGGAUGUCCAGUACCCAGUGUGCCACCGGCUGCAGAACCUGUUCCUCACUUGCAGACGCCCAACUCGGAGCCCCAGACGAUGGCCCGCGAAUGCCCGCAGAGCUCAAAGCCCCCCAGUGGCUCUAAAUCUGGCCUCCGCAAUACCACAAGCUGUUUACAUGUAUCUGACAGUAAAACGACCGGGGCCCACUCUCAUCCAAAGCAGCAGCGCAUCAACCGGAGGAGAGCCACCAAUGGCUGGAUUCCCAUUGGAGCAGCCUCUGAGAAGGCGGUCUAUGUUGUGAAUGAACCAGAGCCAGCUGUUCGUAAGAGCUACCAAGCUGUGGAGAGAGAUGGAGAGAUUAUCCGGGUUCGAGACACAGUCCUCCUGAAAUCAGGACCACGGAAGAAAUCUAUGCCUUAUGUGGCAAAGAUAUCUGCUCUAUGGGAAGAUCCCAAAACAGGCGAACUGAUGAUGAGCCUCCUGUGGUAUUACAGGCCGGAGCACACUCAGGGAGGCCGCAAUCCUAGCAUGCAUCAGAAUGAAAUCUUUGCAUCUCGGCAUCAGGAUGAAAACAGUGUUGCGUGUAUUGAGGAAAAGUGCUAUGUUCUGACCUUUGCAGAGUACUGCAGAUUUUGUGCCUUGGCAAAGCGUCGCAUCGAGGGGAUUCCAGGCAAGAGGACAGUCAUGGUCCCUCCAUCAGAAGAGUAUUCCACCCCUCCACAUCGCAAGGUGCCAGAGGACACUGAUCCAGAGUUGGUUUUCCUCUGCCGUCAUGUCUAUGACUUCAGACAUGGACGCAUCUUGAAGAAUCCGCAGUAACAGAGCUUUGCCCCUCUGGGCGGUUGACAAGCGGCCAUAGAGAGCCAAGGGCAGGCUGACCUCCUUUGUCUAUGCGAGCACUUGCUUUGGAGGUGUGCUGCCUGCAGGCCCCGAACAGGACACCCGAGUAUCCUAUCUGCUGUUGGGAGCAGAUUUCCUGUUAGGACCGAUGUUCAAAGCACAGCACUUCAUAUAUAAAGAGCAUGAAUGGAAAUAUGUAUCUGUAGAGAAAUGUGUGUAUAUAGAUACAGGUGUUCAUUUCUGUAAUCUGUUUCUAUAUACGUGCGAAAAACUUCAUAUAUGCGUGUAGGGGAGGGGAGGAUGGGCCGGGGAAUAAAAGCCAGUAAACUGAACCCAACACCAAUUUUGAUGGAGAUGGUUUGAAUAUACACAGUGGAGACCUGAGGGCAGUGAACCAAGCUGUGACAAAUCCUGGAUCUCGUGUCCUUAGAUUGAAGGGCAAGGAAAGAGGCCAUUGUGGACUGUUCUCAUGCAUGAGUGUGGAGAUGAGUCCCUGCCACCUUAAUGUGCUGAGUAUCCUUCUCAAAUCCUGACAUUGUGUUAUCUUUUUUAACAAAAGAAGGAUCACACACAAAAAAAUAUGCUUGUUCUGUCUGAUCAGGCCUUUACUUGCUGGCUUGUGGGCUACAUCUCCAAAGCAGGAAGUGGGAAAGAUGUAAUAGGAUUACCUCACACCAUUAUGGGAAAGCUGCAUAUCCUUCUAAGGCUGUGGUCCGAAGCCACUUGCUUAGCAGUACAUUUCUGUUGAAGUCAUUAUAAAUACAGCCCAACCUUAAGGACUGCUCUUGAUCAGGGAGGGAUGGAUUGCAUAUGGAAAGCCUUCGCAAUAUGGAGUUGACUGCUGCUACAAUAUAGACCGCUUCCCUCCACAAAUCUGGAGAGGCGCCCCUUCUGCUGGUACAAAUAGUAUUCUUUCCCAUCCCAGUUCCAUGAUUGUUGCUCUUAUUUACAGUCCAUGUACCAUCUGGAUGUGCACACUCCAAUUCACUUCCUGGGGGAGGGCUAAAAGCCAGAGUUAAAAGAAACAACUGUGUACUGCUGGAGCAACAGGCACCCUGCCCUGACCAGUUUAACUUAUUAAUGCCGUUGCUUGUCUACCUCUCUUCUCUCCCAGCCCUUCUCUUCCCACCCCACCCCAUUGACAUCUGAGUAGGCCCACCAAGGCAAGACUCUUUGGCUCCCAAAAGGAAGUAACCAAUUAGUGGCUUGCGUUCUGAGAAACUGCUACCUUAUUCCUACGGAUACUUCUGCCUCUUGCCUUACAUGUAUAGCUGUUAGAAAUAGUUUCGUUUAGCUUUGAUGCAAAGCUAUUUCAGUUAAUUCUAAAGCAAACCAAAGGACAGCAUAAAAAUAGUCCACUGAACCAAUCAGACACACAAACACAAGACUGGGAUUCCGUUUGUCGUUUGCACUACUUCUAAAGAAUGAAAAUCAACACUGUAUCAGUCCAUGUACCUGCUGAUGGCCAGAGUCGCUCACCUGAACUAGGGACCGAUGGAGGGGUGGGUGGGAGGGUGCUCUUCCGAACUAGGGUUAAAUGAUAUAGAAGUGUUCCUAUGGCUUUAAAUAUGGUUGUCUCUUUUUUUCUCCUCCAAGUAGAAGUAGCACUACCUGUACCUACCCACAGGCUAGAACUGAUAGGAUGGCCACAUGCGUGAUUUGUGCCUGCUUGCUUGGCCUGGUGAUAGUAGCCCUGCUGUGUUCAGUUCCUUGUGUAUGUUGACCUGUGAGCGGCACCUACUGAUUUACCCUACGUCCCAAAGAGGGGAAAGUGAUGGGGAGAGAGAUGUGGACAAAGGCAAAGCGGCUGGUGGUGGCGAUUACACCUCCUGCUUACAGUGGGAUGAGUCCUGCUGUGUUCGUGCAGGAAAGGAUUCAUUCUUGCUGAUAGGGGAAACCCUCUCACCCUAACUUUGAGCAAGAAUCCAUGACUUGUCCAAGUUUGCUAGUGCCAAAAGUAAUGGCCUUCUUUGUCACAACCAUUGCUUGGGUGCACGGAGGGGCUCUUGGGGGUUAUUUGUGCCACAAAGCACACCUAUGUUAUAGCACAGAAAUGGAAUAGAAGCUUUCCUAUGACUUUUCAUUAAGGCCAGUGAGAGCACCACCAGGGAUUGGGGUGCCGGGAGAGGGACGUCUUUCUAGGUGAACAAGAGGAGGAUAGAACUGGCACAGCUCCCUGCAGUCGAGGGGUAUGUGAGAGUGUUUGGGAGCAAUAUUGUAGGUUUCUGUAGCUGCUGCCUGUUCUUCCAUUUUCCCAUUUGGGGACGGGGGAGGGAUUAUAGAGGAAAAAGAAGCAACCGGUACAAGGAGUGUUCCCAGAAAUGAUAUGGGAGGAGUAUGUGCUGGGAGUUAGUCUGAUCUAUGCAGUAUCAGAUUUGGGAUUCCUUUGGGCUGUGAUGGAGGAGGUGGGAGAAACCAUGUUGCAAGGUAGACUCUUUUACAAAAAGAGAAGUGUUUUUCAUGGUGUGGUGAGAGGAAUCCUCAGAAUAUCGAGCUCAGACGUACAUUCAGGGUAUUCCUGAGGAAGGUUUUGAAAGUUAGCUUCAGAAACCUAGAGUACCUUCCUGAAAACCUGAUUUCUGCUGCUGAUUCCUCCCCCACCUUUUCUCAACUCUUCUCUGGGUAGAAGGAGGAAGGAAAAGCAAUUGUCCAGAAGGAAAGAAAUUUUAUCUGCCCAGAUUCUGGGAUAGGCUAGGAGCCUCCCUUUCUGGAGAAGAGAAACCCUACCUAUCCUUGCUUCUGACAUUGUCCGAAUCUACUUCAGGCCAAGAAAUAUUGUUUAAAGAUUUGUGUGGUUGUUCUUAUGCUGUUUUGCAGACAGCAUGUAAACAAAUUGAAAUAUCUUAUCUGAAAUGAAAAUAUUUCAUGCUUUUUUAAUCUAUUAGAUAUGGAAAUAUUUUUGGAACUGAAAAUGCAGUCAGUAGAAUUUAAAUUGAAAUGUAAUACAUGUAAAAUAUAUUUUAGUUGAUAAUUUUGUAAAAUGCACUUUUUGUGUCUCUUCCCUUGUUUCCCAGAUCUGUAUUUCAGUGUUUACAGAUGGAAUGAGAACAUUCCCUAUACCUUCCUUCUGUGAAAAAGAUAUAUUAGAAGUAAUUCUUUAAAAUAAAUUUGAGAAAUUGUAUUGAUUUAGAAAACA